CCAGGCGCCGACGUGGGCAGCAGCCCAGAGCCAGCCCUGCUCCCGCUGGCUGUCUCUCCCCCGCCGGCCGCGUGGAACGGGCUCCCGGGGCUGCAGGCGCGGCGCGCGAGGGGCCAGCGGGCUUGGGCAAGCCCGAGGAGGCGCGGGCCUGACCCGGGCCGGGCAGGAGGAAAUCACACCGCCGAAGAAGGGGUGCAGGGCCUGAAAGGGCAGAAGACGCGGAGCCCGAGCAGUUUGGGGAGCAUCUUGUUCUGCGCCAGAGGCCUGGAAAGUCUGUUUGUCAAUUCCCAGCGUUGUGCAACGGCUAGAAACGGAGGAACUGCCAUCCAGAAUCCCUGUAGCACAGAAAAGGAAGUGGAAGUCUCAAUAUGGAAAAACCAUACCCUGAAAAUGAAAAAGAAUCUGGGAACAAAGGGAAGAUGGAAAGUGAAGAAAAGCCAGCGGAUGUGGAUAUGGUAAAGCAAGACGUAGCUCCCACUGUAGACAACACUGAUAAGCUAGACAAUGAGAAGAACACGGGGGAUGAAAUGUUAAUGGAGAAGGAAAAGGUAGACAGUGAGGCAAAACUAGAGGAAGGAAAGCCAGUAAAAGAGGAACACCCAGAGAGCCAGGAUAAGCCAGCAAGUGAAGGAAAAUUAGAGAGUGAGGAAAAAGCAAACGAAGAAAAGCCAACCAGUGAACCAAGGGCUGCCGAAAAGCGCCCAGCUGAGGAUGAUAUACCCAGGAAAGUCAAAAGAAAAACCAAGGGGUUGGCUCAGUGCAUCAAGGAACAUAAAGAGGCCAUACAUGAUAAGCAUUUGAGCAAUGAGGAGAUGAUAAAAGAAUUUGACAAGAUAGCUUGGGUGGAGGAUGAAGUGAAGAAAACCAGACUCAAACUGGGGAGAUUUAUGUGUAUGCAUAAAUGUUCAGAGGAUGCCUCUCAGCCAAGGGGCCCAAGGGAAAAUGAGGGUGGUGUCGUGGCCCCACAGAAGGGCCCUGAAGACACUCCUCCUAUGUAAUCCCCCUGAAAAGCUUUUGCCAGUUCCUUAGCUUUACAUUUUGUAAACAUUUUCUUUUGAUUGAUGUUGUGAUUUACAAUACUGUUAAUGAGUGUUUCUGUGCAUUUAAAUUUUACAUGACGCCACUUACCAUUGUACCCACCUUGCUCCCCCAAGGAUCCCAACUCCCCUCCCUUUAAUCCCCCAAACUCAGUUGUGUGAAUUAUUUCCCCCAUUGUGUUGGCUUUGCAGGUCCUUUGCUUUAACCUUAUUCUGAUACAUUGCUUUAGGUGGCACUCUUCAGUAACCUUUUGACACAGUCAGAGUGUUCUAUGAGUAUGUGUUUUCACUCGUGUGCACUACAAAAAUAUGGAGUUUUGAAGAAUAAAGCAGUUUAUAACCUCUA